AUGAUUCGACGGGUACUUCAAGCAACAACAACAACACCAGUGAAAAUGCUGAGUAGUGCAGCAACUGGUCCGAAUCCUGUCACGGUAAGCAGAUUCUCAUAAAGCACGUCAUUGUCAUCAUCUUUUCAGGCCGUUCAUUCCCAGUUGAUCAAUCGCCCAUUUGUCCUCGACUUCCCGCAAGUGUCCGUUCCGACGUUCGAAUUGAGCCGAAGAGUUGGAAGUAUCUUCGCCCAAUCAUUCUACACUUUGGCCUACGAACGUAAUUUCUCUGUGAAAAGCCUUGUGCACGGAGCAAAUAAAGGAAUCCACAGUAUGGCUCACUUCUUCGCCGACGAGAAUUGGGAUCAAAUGGAAAAUUUGGCUGUCAAGGAUACCGUUGAUGAAAUGAGAAUAGCCAGAGCUGGCAUCUCCGAGAAACUCGAAAAGGCUCUUCGCUUUUCGCCGAAUGACAUUAUCCUCUCUUUUCUUCACUCAACAGUCAUCUCCGGAAAAGACGUACUCAAGUGUAAGCACUCAAAUCGAAUGACACUUUUGAAAUAAGCGAUGUUUUCAGUGAGUAAAAGCCGAAACAUCGGAAUCUACUUCACAGUUGUCUCCUACGUCCGCUUAUCUGAACGUGUGCCAGAGAACGCCUCCAUCACUCAGCUCAAUAAAAAGUAUAAAGGAGAUGUUCUCGUUUGCAACGCAACGUAAUGCGCUUCUAGAAUUCAAGAUAAUUCAAUCAAAUUUACAGAUUCUCGCGUGUUCUGAACCCUCUCGGUGUCUGGAAGGUUACAAGUGCCAACUUUUUCCUCUAAAGUAGAAACGAAUGCGGCUGUAUAUAAAGUAGGUGACACAUAUGAGAGAAAGCACUCCCUUCUGCGUACUAGUUCUGAAUAAAAUGGAUUUUUUGUGCAUGCGAAACGCCGUCUCUCCGAAAUAGCGCGCGAAGCGGGCAGACGGAGAAAACGGCACAUCUUUCGACACUCUCGUCGUCUGACCCUCUCCCUUCGGAGCACUCUCUCUUCGUGUCGCCGCUUCAACUGACGCUCGCCGGCACUGCUCCGCUUCUAGACAGCUUUAUAUCUCUUCCAUUCAAUAAUUCGAUAUUCCCAUUUUUCAGAAUCGAGCAUUUAUGGACAACGAUGACGGAUUUGAUUAUUUGUUCAAAAUUGUGCUUGUUGGCGAUAUGGGAGUCGGAAAAACGUUCGUUUUCGUGGUUCUCGUUCUUUUAUAUUAUCAAUUAUAUUCCAGAUGCGUAGUCCAAAGAUUUCGAAACGGAACAUUCGUCGACCGACAAGGCACCACCAUCGGCGUCGAUUUCACGAUGAAGACUCUCACCGUUGGUCGGUUUUCAUCCUCAUUGUUCUUUUUUUUCAUUGAUCGAUUUUCAGAUGGAAAACGUGUGAAGCUCCAAAUUUGGGACACGGGAGGCCAGGAGAGAUUCCGCACUAUCACACAAUCAUAUUAUCGAUCGGCAAACGGCAUUGUUCUGUGCUACGACAUCACCUGCAAACAAUCAUUCGGAAGCCUCCAAAGGUGGAUCGACGACGUUUCCAAGUUUGCUGCUCCGAAUGUAGUUAAGCUUCUCAUCGGUGAUUACAUCAAAUGUCUUGGAAGUCUCAAACAGAGCAAUAACUUUAGGCACAAAAUGCGACCUGGAAAAUCAGAGAUCCAUAGAAGCAGAAGAAGCGGAGAUGCUCCAAAGAGCAAAUGGUAGGCUUAAUUGGAUUUCAGAACAGUCAAAAAAGGUUUAUUAACAGGCAUGUUUGCAAUGCUCGAAACAAGUGCGAAAGAGAACGUGAACGUUGAAAAUGCGUUCCUCGAAUUGGCCACCAUCCUGAAGCGUCAGUACGACCAGGGAGUGCUCGAGCAGGGGACCAGCGGCACCUUCCAGCUGGGAUCCGGCGGCACCACUGCGCUCGGUUCUCCAUGGCAACGGUGCUGCCAGCUCUCGUGA